AUGGAUAAAGAUCCAAUGAUUGAACUCACAGAAUUUCAUAAUAAUCUGUAUGGCCCUAUAUCAGAUUCUAGGGAAAAUUUAAUUGAAGUAAAUGCAUUAAAAGUUGAUACAAGAAUAAAACAUCCGAGUGUCAUAAUUUCUAUUAUUGAUACAACUACGUGGGAAUAUUUAAGAAUAAGAGAUGAAAAUGUAACAAWUCAAGAAAAAACUUAUGUUAAUCCGAUGAUAACAAAAGAAUUUGAUUUCAAACAUCAUAAAACAAUAAUACCAAACUGGAAUGAAAAACUGAUUUGUACAGAACAGUUUAAACAUAUAAUUACAGCGAAUACAGUAAUAUUAUUUGAGAUUGUAGAUUAUACUGGAAGUAUUCGACCUCUAGUAACAAUGAAUGAUUGGCAUAGAAUAGCUUGGGCCUUUUUAAGACCAAUUGGAUCAAAUGGAAUUACAAAUACAGGAAAACAAAUAAGACUACAGUUAUAUAAACCUGGGCCAAAGCCGAAGUCUUUUCAUAAAAGUCAUCCAACCGUAAUGCAUUGGUUUAUAAAAGGAAUACUAAAAAAAUAUCCAAGCACGCUUUAUAUAAGUUUAAACAAAGCACAAUUUUCUGGUGCAGCUGACAUGGCAUCAGAACAUAAUCAACAAGAAUUAAUUUCUUCUAACUCUAGUUCACAAAAUGAAAUUAAUUCUGAUUCAGUUAGUUCAAAUCAAGAAACGUUUCAAGAAUAYGAUAUUAAGUGGAAACGUUUUCCUGGUCAAAAAUGUAAAAUACCAAAUUCUGAAAUCGYGAAACUUCAGCCUAAUUUAGAAGGAUGUAUGUAUUUGAAAUUUAGUUAUGAUGGUUUAAAGCUAGCAGUUGCUACAGGAAAAAAUGUAAAUAUCUAUUCAGUACCCGGAUAUAAAUUGCUUAAACAGUUUAUUGGUCAUCAAGGUUUAGUAUAUACUUUAAGGUGGAGCAAUGACAAUAAUAAUUUAUUAACAACUUCUUCCGAUUAUACUGCUUGUGUUUGGACACUGAAGAAUUACAAUCAAACAGACUUCCAAAUUCUUCCGCAUCCGUCGUAUGUAUAUUGUGCUGAAUAUAACAAUACAGUUAUAAUAACUGGAUGUUACGAUAGUAUAUUGCGAUUAUGGACUUUCAACCUUAAUAAAUGGACAUUGUGCCAAGAAAUGGAAUUCCACAAAGGUUUUAUAUCAAGUAUUGCUUUGAUGGAGACUUUGGUACUUUCGGCCGACAGCCAUGGGCUUAUUAUCGAAUGGACCCUCGAAAACAGUAGGCUAGAACUAAAAAGAAUGAUAUCAAUACCCGAAAUACGACAAGUUAUAAUAAGUAAUAUAAUUUUACAUCCAGCCGGUAAACGACUUCUAAUUCAAACCAGGGAUAGUAUUUUACGRAUGAUGGAUUUACAUACGACGGCAAUCAUACAGUGGUUUAGGGGCGGUGUAAACAAUAAAGUACARACAGGAUGUGUAUUAAGUCCUUGUGGUAAUCUUGUUUUUGGCUGUGGCGAAGACGGACUAGUUAAUGUUUGGGAAGCAUACACUGCUAAACAAUUGGCAUUUUAUACGAACCGCCAAGAUUUAUCAACAGCUACUAGUGGCGCAGUAGAUUAYCAUCCACAUGAUCAUAUGAUAGUAUUUGGGGUAUAUACUCCAAAUAAAAAUUCACCCGUUUAUGUUGCUCAGUAUAAAAAAGAAAAUGAAACAGACAUUGGUUUGAGAUAUUUGAUUCCCACAGAACACAAACAAAAAAGUUUUGGGCAUGUUAAUCAUCAGACAGCAGAUUAUGGAUAUUUCGAUAAAUUAAAAGCAAGAGAACAUGAUAAUCAACGCAUAAUGCCAUUAGUCAAUAUAAUUAAGAGAAUGGAUAGCGUUUUAAAUUCAUUUAAGAUAAAAGAAUAACAAACAAUUAUGUAUUUAUGAACUACACCCAUAUAUAUGUACCGUUUCCACACCAUMAUUUAAAAUGACUGUCUCCRUUAUUACCCUUUUCAAAAAUUUAAAAAAAAAAGGUUUGAUUCCUGUUCCCGAAAAUAUAUA